CUGGGUGAUUUGUCCGGUCACUUCCUUAAACACAGCAAGUGCACAAGCUUUCCCCCCCCCUCUUAGAUAUUAACUUCCCUGUUUUUAUGAGCACUGAGAAACAGCCGAGCUACUGUGCAGCCGCUAACCCAUUGCACCUGUGAUCUGACUUUUGUAUAGGACAACUCCAGGCCUUUACAAUGAAUUCUGCUCUUCCCGAGGAUGUGAAGAACUUGCUCACAGAAUUGGAAACCUUUUUGUUGGAUGUUUUGAAGGCGGAGACUCUAUCAAAGAAAGGCAAGGAGAAGAAAGAGACCCUGAUAAAAAGGUUAAAGGACAUCAAACACAGCUAUCCUCAAGAAUUUCAGGACAAAGCUGAGGACGAUGAUCAAGAAGAGAAUGAUGGGUUUCCCCAACCUCCGGAUGCUGUGUCGCUUGUCUCAGAUCGUGAUAAAGAUGAAGACUUGCCAUAUGAUGGAAGUUUCUAUCCACCUGUUGCAGCACAGGAUCUUGAAUAUUUAAAGGCAGGAUACCUGGAAAAACGCAGGAAAGAUCAUAGCUUUUUUGCAUCUGAAUGGCAAAAGCGUUGGUGUGUGUUUACUAACUCUUUGUUUUACUACUAUGGGAGUGAUAAAGACAAACAGCAGAAAGGCGCAUUUUCUCUUGAUGGUUACAGAGCCAAAAUGAAUGAUACACUAAGGAAGGAUGCAAAGAAAGACUGCUGUUUUGAAAUCUUUGCUCCGGAUAAACGUGUCUAUCAGUUUGCAGCCUCCAGUCCUAAAGAAGCAGAGGAAUGGAUUAAUGCCAUCAUGAAUUCUAGAGGAAUUAUUGCUACUGAGGAUGAGGAGCUUUAUGAUGAUGUGAAUCAGGAAAUUGAUGCUUCCCUUGAAGAAGAUAUUUAUGAAGAGCUCCCAGAGGAAAGCGAGAAACCUGUGACCGAAACAGAGACCCAGAAAGCAACUCCGGUGCCUGUGAAUAAUACAUCAGGAAAAGAAAACACAGAUUAUGCCAAUUUCUACAGAGGCCUGUGGGACUGCACUGGGGAUCAUCCAGAUGAACUUUCUUUUAAGCAUGGUGAUACAAUCUAUAUAAUCAGCAAGGAGUACAAUACAUAUGGUUGGUGGGUCGGAGAAAUGAAGGGAACCAUUGGCUUGGUGCCUAAAGCGUACAUAAUAGAGAUGUAUGAUAUUUGAGAGGCCUGGAAACCAUCUUAACCCAAAGCACCUGCACAUUAAGAGACGAGACUCGCAAUAUUUCUCCAACAAUUGUGUGAAAUUGCUCUGAAUAUAUUCAAUUUCCAUCAGCAGCAUGAAGUACUGUACUAUUGCAAUAUAUUUACAAUAUAGGUAUAUGAAUAUAAAAAUGAUCGACUUUGUUCUUAAGGUGUUUUGACAUUUAUUCUGUGCCUAUUAAACUUGCAUUGCACCAGCCUGAGAUAUUAUAUAUUCCAGUACAGAAGCCAUUCUUUUUCUUGUUCUCUUGACUGCAUAGAUAUAUGUUACAUUAGAUGAAAUGUGAAUUUUCUGCAGUCAUGUAUGCAUUCUAGAAUAACCAAAAUAAAUAAGAGCAUUUAAUUUUACAACUGUGUUCAAAAUUUAAAAUGCAAGUGUUUCUUUAAAAUUCUGUACGUUUCUUUUUUUUAUGAUCAGAUUUAGUCAUAAUUCAGAUCUGUAAUGUCUCUUAGGUCUCUUUAUUUAAGGUUGUUUACGUUGAAAAUAUAUAUAUUUCCAAAUUAGAUGAACUGUAAUUGUUAAUAGUGUGGCUAUGUCAAUGGAGCGCCUAAAUAAUAAAUGUUUGGUGAAACCAG